AUUAGAGCCGCGCUACAGACUAUCAGUCAAGCGUCCAUUGAGUCGCUCGUACCACACAUCUUGGAGCUAUGCGAAGCUAAUGCUGCUAUUGCAAAGGCUAUCUCAUCUCUUAGUCAAAAUUUUUGCGGGCAACUCGAAACUCCAGCUAACGAGUUAGCAACGCCAGGAAACACUGACCUUACAAGUUCUCAGGCUCAGGCUCAGCCUCCAGCCAUCUUGAGAGACAAUACUUGGCAGGAUAAGUCACAGGGAAUGCUGCAGCAGUACAGGUCUCGCCGUGGCCGACCAGAAAAUGCAAUUGUGAGGCUUGCACAGUACUGGAUUCAGAGAAGACUGGCAGGAACUUGUGUGUUGAAUGUC